UGUGAACUUUUUGGUGAAGGAAAAUGUCGACUCCCGCACGCAGACGUUUAAUGAGAGAUUUUAAAAGACUUCAAGAAGAUCCACCAACUGGUGUUUCUGGAGCGCCCACAGAUAACAAUAUUAUGAUAUGGAAUGCUGUGAUUUUCGGUCCACAUGACACACCCUUCGAAGAUGGUACAUUCAAAUUAACAAUAGAAUUUACCGAAGAGUAUCCGAAUAAACCGCCAACAGUUAGAUUUGUAUCAAAAGUAUUUCAUCCAAAUGUGUAUGCCGAUGGUGGCAUUUGUUUGGAUAUUUUACAAAAUCGAUGGAGUCCCACAUAUGAUGUAUCAGCUAUUCUAACUUCAAUACAGUCAUUAUUGAGUGAUCCAAAUCCUAAUUCGCCAGCUAAUUCAACAGCUGCCCAACUUUAUAAGGAAAAUCGCCGAGAAUAUGAGAAACGAGUGAAAGCUUGUGUAGAGCAAAGUUUCAUUGACUAGCCAUCCGCCGCCGCAGCCGCCGUUAAAGCCUUUAAUUUAAUAAAAAUUAAUCUUAAACAACAAAAACAACAACCAUUUCACCUGGAGUUCAUACUCACAAUCAUUUCCGUUUUAUAAAAAAAAACA